AUGAGCAUGAUCGACGAGACCCUACCCACAACGGAUAACGAAUUCAUUCACUUCGAUCACUCGGCUGGGGAUUAUGCGGAUUAUUGGCUUGCCGACUGGGUCAAUCUCAUCUCUUCAGUCGAAAGCUCUAUUCAUUCGCCUGCACAAGCUACAUCUACCAGCGCACAGAGCCCCAGAGCAAGGAAUUCGAGUAAGAUGUGCAACCCCGCGACACGAUUUCGACGGACCAGCUCAACCUCAACCACACGAGAUACACCCUCCGAGCCCAAAGUAUCGGCAAUACCAGAGGAACAGAUAGCCCCGCGUACAUCGAGACGAAUGUCAGGCGAGAUGUCUCGGCCUGAAGCUACUGCGCGGGCUGCUCUCCAGCAGAGUCAGGCUGGGAAUAACCAUACGGGCAGCGAGGAUAUGAGUAACAUCCACCCUAAACUUCGGGGCCAAACGACAACUACCUCUCGUGGCUCGAAACCGAUUCCGGAAACUAGAUUCGAGGGCAGAGAAUCCAUACAGCAUGAAGCAAAGCCUCUAGCAAACCUCGCAAUUUCUAGGACAGGCACUAACCGUGUUCAUACGUGGCAGACCUCCCUACCAGAGCCCUCCGGACGCAGUUCCGAGCCCUCAAUACAGUUACCACUACAACCUCACGAGUCUGAAAUCUCGACGGACAAUACUGAAGGAGGAAUAAGGGAGCAGGCUUCGACGUCGUGUCCCUCCAACGCUCCUCUAACUGCAACAUUUCAUGACAGAGAUACUGGUUCUGCAGGCUCAGUUUACUCAGCAAGUUCCUCUUGGCCUAAGAAAUGUAUAUUGGAGGAUGAUAAGUUAGCAAGCCAGUUGAUGGAGCGUGUCGACAGAGUACUCGCAAACAUCGACCGCAACCCCGACCUACAUAAAGAUAUAGUCGACAAGCUAUAUUUUGAAGCUAGAUGGCGUUUAAAGAAGCCCGUUAGCUCAAUACUAGAUGCCCACUCAUCAUCGUCACUUCUGCCCUCGAAGGCAUCCGAGAGUCGUACUUCGGUGUCUCGAAGCUCAGCUCCAAAAGCUCCAAAAGCUGCAGAAGAGUUCCCAUGCCAUCUCUGCUUGGAGGGUCCCUUCGAAUUUCGCAAGUGGAUAAGGCACUAUGAUAUACACUUUCCUCCCUUCUUCUGGCACUGUGGCACAUGCAAGUUUACUGCGAAUCAACGAGAUGGUUUUAUCCAGCAUUGUAGGGGAAAGAAGCACCGGACAAAUAUUGAGGGAAGUCCAGAACUCAGUGAGCAGCUGAACAGAAACAAGUUUUGGAUUCUUGACGGGGGUCAUGAGCGGUGCAUCUACUGCGAUAAAGAAUUCAAAGGCUUGAGCCACAGUGAGAGGAAGACCCAUAUCAUCAUGCAUCUGAGGGAGGACACUGCCGAAUCUUUAUCUCGAGCGUUCAAUCAUCGCUGCAAAAAUCUCAGAUGUGGGGAAAAAGAUUACCACUGGAGACGAAGCAAGUAUGUGACCCGAAUACUCGGUGAUGCAGACGAUGAUACCCUUGGGACUAGCCGGGACGGCGAGAGCGAGGGGGGUGAUGGGAAUGAUUCAACUGGAACGAUCGAAGAUGAGGACGAGCUGGAGGGCGAUGACUCCACCUCUGAGGACCAAGGACGAAUGGGAGGAGGGGGUGAAGGGAGGGGAGGUGGGAGGGGAGGCAUGAGAGGAAGUAGAGAGACGAGGAUUUUCUGGACGAGCCAAUCAAGGCAGCGAACUUGGCCUACAUACCAGUCUGCAGUCUUUGCACAUAUCCCCAGACGACUCCAUGGUCAACGCUUAUCUGAACGACGAUACGGGGUACGCGGUUGA